AUGAGCUGGACAGUGUGCCGACUUCGGGUGCUGGGACGCCUGCCGCGUCCAAGACACGACAGGCUAACCCUGAGAUCUAACCGAUGUUUUCGCGACUUCUCUCGCGCGUUUUCGAAGGAGCCCAAGGAGCCCGAUCUCAGGAUGUCUUACUUUGUGGAGCCGGAUGCCCAUGGAAAUCUUUGCUUCAACGAAUGGGUCGCAUGGCGGCAUGGCAUGACGUUGGCGGAGCGUGGUCUCCUCUGGAUCGGCCGCUUGUCUGUCAAGGAUGCCUGCAGGAACCGAGGGAUUCAUCACCAUGGUUCCUUGGCCGAAGACGAAGAUGGAUGGUUCUCUGGGCAACUCCUCAACCAAGAUGGAAGUCACAUCGGAGAUCUGCGCAUGAGAUAUGAUCCGCCUCAAGAAGUCAUGAUCACGCAAUGUCGUCCUCCCUUGAGCGACUGGGGCAAAGUGACGAGGGCUCGAAAAGUGCUCGGCAAAGCGCCGCUCGCGGCGCCGGAAGGUAGCUUUACCCAGUACGCUGUCCUUGGAACGCUGCUGUUUGCUGGCCGCUCGGCUGCCAGUGCAGUGUUGCUGCGAGAACUGACCUGGCGAAACUCUGUGCGACCACUUUUUGGUCUGGCUGGCAUGGAAAACUACAGCGACCAGCUGGAGCAGAUGGUGAAGGACGUGGCAGUGAUAGCCACUUUAAUAGCCACUUUAAGUGACAUAUAA